CAGCUGUUUUAAAAAAGGAUUUGUCAAAUUGCUAUUAUUGUCAUAUCCAUUUCAGAGAGUAAAUUACAAAAAUUUUCAAACCCCGAAAAAAUGAUGGCAUCAACAACACGCUCCGUUUAUCUUCAUACUAUCCAGUAGAACUGUUCAUAAUGUAUACAAGUGUUGGAAAGAUACCUACUGCUAUUACACAAUCUGCAGUUGAGAACUACGUUUGCUAGCUGGUGGUAUAGUUUUAAAGUAAAGAAACCAGCAUAGAUGUCGGCACAUUCAAUGCGGACAGUGUUGAGAUAUGCCCGGGCGCUGCAGAACUUGGCCCGGGCGUCUUCAGUUACCUUCAAGCUCUUCCCUGAUCCUAUCUGUGCGGCCUGCAGUGAGAGGCCGCGGUGGCGAAGGACGAACACCUCGCCAUUUGUGACGGCAGCGGGAGUCAUUACUGUGGCCCUAGUGGCAGCUGACCAUGUAUAUAAUGAGAAACGAUUCUUCAAAGCAGCACAGCUGGGCAAUGUCCAAGAGUUAAAGAAACAAGUGGAAGCCCUGAUCGAGCACGGAUCUCGCGUGAGCGGCGACGGAGACGCGGGCGGCGCGGCGGACCGGCGGCACCCGCUGGGCUGGACGGCGCUGAUGGCGGCCGCCGCCAACGACCGCGCCGCCGCCGUCAAGGAGCUGCUGGUGCUGGGCGCGCGCCCCGACCUGCCUGAGCAAUACGCCGGCGCCGCCGCCGCUGCCGCCAGUGCUGGCCUGCAUCCGCUGGAAGCACUGCAAAGACGCGAGGACGAGUUCUGCGCGUCGAUGAACGCGCGCGCGUCGUUCCUGGGCUGGACGGCGCUGCACUACGCGGCGCUGGCGGACUCCGCGGACGCGGCGCGCGCGCUGCUGGAGGCGGGCGCCGACCCCACAGCACGCGACCACGCCGGCCGCCGCGCGCUGCACUACGCCCGCGACCCCUCGCCCGCGCGGGACCUCAUCGUCGACCACACCAAGCGCUGGGAGCGCGCCGCGGAGGCAGCAGCAGCCGAAGAGCGUCGCCGCUUCCCCCUCGAGCAGCGACUCCGGCAGUACAUAGUGGGGCAGCAGGCCGCCAUAGAGACGGUGGCGGCCGCGGUGCGCCGCAAGGAGAACGGCUGGGCCGACGAGGAGCACCCGCUGGUCUUCCUGUUCUUGGGCAGCUCGGGCAUCGGCAAGACAGAGCUCGCCAAGCAGUUGGCUAGAUACAUGCACCGCGACGACCCGGCGGCCUUCAUCCGGCUGGACAUGUCGGAGUACCAGGAGAAGCACGAGGUGGCGAAGCUGAUCGGCGCGCCGCCGGGCUACGUGGGGCACGAGGAGGGCGGGCAGCUGACGCGCGCGCUGGCGCGCCGUGCUGACGCUGUGGUGCUCUUCGACGAGGUGGACAAGGCCCAUCCUGACGUGCUCACUGUACUGCUUCAGCUCUUUGAUGAGGGGAGACUGACAGACGGCAAGGGGAAGCUGAUCGAGUGCAAGAACGCGAUCUUCGUGAUGACGUCCAACCUGGCGUCGGACGAGAUCGCGCAGUACGGGCUCAAGCUGCGGCGCGCGGCGGAGGCGCGCUCGGCCGCGCGCGCGCGCGCGCCCGCCGACGUGGCCGAGACCAAGGAAACCCGUGUCGAAGCCCUCUCGGACACCCCCGACAGUGUUGAGGAAACAUUGGAAGUGUCGCGACACUUCAAGGACAACGUCGUCCGACCCAUUCUCAAGAGGCAUUUCGGCCGAGACGAAUUCCUGGGACGAAUCAAUGAGAUCGUCUACUUCCUGCCGUUCUCAAGGCAGGAGCUGCUGACGCUGGUCAAUAUGGAGCUCAAGAGAUGGGCUGAGAAGGCGCGGUCGCGGCACGCGGUGGAGCUGCGCUGGGAGGGCGGCGUGCUGGGCGCGCUGGCCGACGGCUACGACGUGCACUACGGCGCGCGCUCCAUCAAGCACGAGGUGGAGCGACGCGUGGUGAACCAGAUAGCGCUGGCGGCGGAGCGCGGAGCGCUGCAGCGCGGCGGCGGCGUGCUGCUGCUGGAGAGCGCCGGCCGCGUCGCGCUCGCCGUCAGGCGUCCGCCCGACACCGACUACACGCCCUUGGAUCUGGCCGCCGUCUGAUGCUAGCCCCGUGCGAUACUGACGACCCAACCGGACUUACCAUACAAUUCCAAUAAAUUAUUUUGCCUCA